CAAUCCUAUACAAAACCUCCUUCCAGCAACUCAUCCCCACGCCAACUCCCACACACUCUGAACCUCGGACCCUCAACCACCCAACUCCACCCUCAACCACCACUUCUCCCCCUCGGGCAACCCCCCACCCAAACACGAUGGCCACCAAAACACCCUCAACAACAACCCGCAUAACCCACCUCCUCACGCACUGGCCCAAAGACAAAGUCCGCCCGGCCUCCGUCUCCAUCCACAACUACCUGCAAUCGCGCCUCCCCCAACCGCAACCGCAACCGCAACCGUCGUCCUCCGCCACCACAACCCAAAAAGCCACUACAAAAACCGGCCUCUCCGCGGCCAACCUCGACGCCCUCACCGCCCUCCUCAACGACAAGUUCGCGCGCCGGUACCCCUUGCCCCCGCGCCUGCGCCACCCGGCCAGCAACCCGCAGCACUACGAGAACGUGAUCCGGGAGUUCGACGAGGCGCCGGACCGGGAUUGGUUGGGCCGGCUGCGGAAGAAGGUCGCAGGGAUGUUGCGGUUGAAGUAG